UUAUCAUUUUUUUUUUUUUUUUUUUGGUUUUUCGAGACAGGGUUUCUCUGUGUAGCUUUGCGCCUCUCCUGGAACUCACUUGGUAGCCCAGGCUGGCCUCGAACUCACAGAGAUCCGCCUGGCUCUGCCUCCCGAGUGCUGGGGUUAAAGGCGUGCGCCACCACCGCCCGGCUUUUUUUAAAACUGUGUUCAUCUGUACACCUGUGUGUGCAUGUGUGUAGAGGCCAGAGGCUGACGCUGGAUGUCUUCCUCAAUUUGAUUUCCACCUUAGUUUUGAGACAGAGUCUGUAGAUGUAACCAACCUUCUUAUUAAAUAAGAAACACAGAACCAAUGCAAAGAAGAAAGCCAAGAGGUCAGAGCUAAGAGCUAAAACCUUACCCUUCCUCCUGCAGUGGUCCUACCUCUCCGAACCAGAGCUACCCCUGUGUUAAAGUCUUUAUAUAGAGUUCCUGUUCUGCCUUCUCAUUGGUUGUAAACCCAACCACAUGACCGCCUCUUCACGGCCUGUCUGUAUAGGCCUCCAGGUUUUCCAUGAUUGGUAUUGAUUAAAGGCAUGUGUAUCCAAUAAUGGCUGUAUCCCUGAACACACAGAGACUUACCCAGCUCUGCCUACCAAGUGCUGAGAUUACAAGCGUACGCCACCACUGCCCUGCUUUCCUAUGGCUUACUAAUAGCACUGACCCCCGGGCAACUUUAUUUAUUAACAUACAAAUAACAUUUUAAUACAAAUAAAAUAUCACCAUAAGAGUCUCCCUGACAUGGAGUCCACCCAUUCAGUAGACUGGCUGGCCAGCAAGCCCCAGGGACCCUUCUGUCUCCAUUCCCCAGUGUUGGGCUUAUGGGCCUGUAAUUACAGGCUUACGGGCCUGGCUUCUCACAUGGCUGCUGGGAAUCCAGACUCAGGUCCUCAUGCUUCUGUGGCAAGUCCUCUACUGACCGAGCUCUCUCUCUAGUCCCCAAAAUGGCAUUUAACAAACUUCUAGUGAGGUUUGUGUGAAAAUUAUCAAUGUAUAGCUGAACAAAUGUUCAUAAAUGGAAUAUAUCUUUACUACCAAAUCAGGAAAGGAGUGUACUAGCACUUCAGCUGUCCCUUCAGUCACCUACCAUCCAGAUAGCCCAGAUGAAGACACUGUCCUUCCUUCAAACACCACAGAGUAAUUUUACCUGUAUUUGAACUUACUUUUUCUUUUUCCUCCCUUGGUUUUUUUUGUCUCUUUUCGUCUCCCCUCUCCUUCCCUCUCCUCUGUUCUCUUUGACAGGGUCUUACUGUGUAGCUCAAGCUGGCCUUGAACUUGAAAUUUUCCUGUGUCCAGUUCAGACACCAGCUCUGCCCAGCUUUAAUUUUUAACUUUGAGCUUUAAGUGGAAUUAUGUAGUUCUAUACAUUUUAAAAGAAUGUCCAGGGAGAGUCUGAUUAUAUUCCAAGUAGAAUUGCUAGCCCAUCAGAACUGUCUUUGGCUGUUUUAAAGUAUAUGUAUCAUUAAUGCGAAUGUACGGAAAGACAGCUGACAUCAACCCCUGACUUGCAUGUGUGUUAAGAUCUUACAAUGUCCAAGGCUUUCCAAUUGGAUAGGUUAGGUUGGGAUGUUAUUGAGGGUUUAUGUGAUAAGAUCUAAAAAUCCAUGUGAGGCUGGGCAUGGAGGGUGACACCUUUAAUCCCAACACUCAGGACACAGAAGCAGGAGAAUUUCUGUGAGUCUGAGGCUAGUUUGGUCUACAUAGUGAGUUCCAGGCCAGGUAGGGCUACAUAGUGAGACCUUGUCUCAAAAAUCAAAAUUAAAUAAUUAAUGUGUUGUCUUGUCAUCUUUGUUAGGGCAGUGGCCUAGCCAGGUAUGCAUUGCCUCACUGGUCCAGAAGCCUUCCUUCCCAGCUAGUUCCACUAUCUGCCGGGUUACCUCUGCACCUCCUAGUCUUACACCUCCCUAGUAUCCCACAGGAUAGUCAUCUGAGCUGUCCACAUUUUCCUAUGGGAACCAGGGAACACCUAGUCCUCUUCCAAAGCCUUUCCGAAGACCCCUGUCCUCUCCCUUCCUGAGGGUGACCUUUUAUGAUGUGCCAUGACUUCUCUCUCGCUGUGAGUACAUAUGACCGACAGAUUGCUGUGGGUCUCGGCUGUGCUGUGUUAGCCAUUGUUUUAGGGUGGAAGAGUGUUCCUUCAGCACUACAGUUAAGAGAGUGAUAAGAAUGGGAACACACACAGAAGGACCAAGACCCAUCUCUGCAUUGAGCAUGGUGAGCAUCCCUACAAUCCUAGUGCUUGGAAAGUUGAAGAGGCCAGCCUGGGCUCUGUAGUGAGACCCUCUCUCAAAAAGAAAAGGUGAGUGUCUUCUAGAGAGAAGAACCCUGUGACAAAGCCCCUCGUGAUUGUUUAUGGGAUGCACUUUAUUUGAGCAAGAUUUCUCAACUUUGCUACCAUUGACAUUUUGAGCCAGAAAAUCUUUAAUGGUAGGGAAUUACCUGUGCACUAUAGGCUGUGUGACAGUAACUCUGGCCUCUACCAUUAGAUCCCUGUUAACACUGGCACACCUUACCCCCUUGUGUGACAACCAAAUUGUCUCCAGACAUGGCCUUUUAGGGAACAAAAUUGCUCUUUGUUGAAAAAUGCUAGUCCUGUCAGUCAUGAUACACUUGUCAUCUCACCCUUUGGGAGGUGCGGCAGGAGGAUCAUGAUAAUCGUUCUUGCCUACAUAGAGGAUUUAAGGCUGGCCUAAGUUCAACCCCAGGAACUCACAUGGUGGAAAGAGAGAACUGAUUCUCUGACAAAUACACAUAAAAUAAAUAAAUAUAUAGAUAUAAAAGGAAAGAAACCACUAGUCUAGGGUGCUGUCUUCACAGUAUUUUCAUGACUUAGUGUCCUCUAACUCAAGGACGGAAAAGAUGUUGAGUGAGACCUGCUAAACAGGAUGAGAGUGACUGUGAUUUGUAAGUGUUAGAUACUCUCAACAAGAGCUAGGGGAGCUUUUGGGAUUGUGCCAAGUUCAAAGAUCUAUCUAUCUAUCUAUCUAUCUAUCUAUCUGUCUGUCUGUCUAUCUAGAGUCAGGGUCUUAUUAUGUAGCCUUGACUGGCUGGCUUUGAACUCACUAUUUAGACCAGACUGACCUCGAAGUCAUGGAGCUCCACCUCUUUCUGUCUUCCAAGUCCUGGGAUUAAAGGCGUGCACCACCAUCACUAGUGCUCAAAUAUCUAAACGUUAAAAAGAUAUUAAAUAUAUCUAAUAUAGUCAAGAUGAGGACAAGUAUUUACCAAAAAUUUAAAACUUAGAUUGUAACAGGGAACAUACUUAAAAUAGAAUCUGACUUUGUAAUGAACUUGAAUCAGUCUGUCUCAGAUACUUUGUAGUGUAUUUGGAAUGAAUUUUUUCUUUUUGGAAGAAGAUUUUUGUCACUAUGUUUUCUAGCCAGUGAAACUGAAUGCAUUAUUUCUGUAGAAUUUAUAAUGGGAGCACAUAGUACACUAUAUAGUUGGGCUCACUUGUGGGUUUUGUUGUCUUCAUUUCCAGAAUGAAUGAAAAAUCGAAUCUUGGGCUGACAAGAUGGCUUAGAGGUAGAGAUGAUGGUCUGAGUUCAAUCCCUGGGACCCACAUGGUAGAAGGAACUGGCUCUUAUGGGUUGUCCUCUGACCUCCACACAUGUGCUAUGGUAUGCUCAUGCAUGAGCAUGUGUCAACACACACACUCUAAAUAAAAAUGAAAUAAACAUUUAUUUUAGAACUUUAGUUUUAUGUGCAUGUACAGGAAGGACUGUGUGGGAACAUCAUCACUCUGCUGCCGAGAUGCUGAUUCUCUCUCUUGCUGUGUCUGUUCCUGUCGUGGUUGGUGGUCAGCUCCAUGCUGUUGGCGUGCUGGGUGCUUCCCACUUUGCAUAUGGUCCUCCUUCAGUCUCCACUUUCCUUAGAAAGAGAAAAAAGAAAGUUCCCAUGCACUACCCUGAGUUUGUUUUCUCAGGGUUCAGUGACGUUCAGGGAUGUGGCUGUGGCUUUCUCACAGGAAGAAUGGGAAUUCCUGGACUCUGCUCAGAAGAGGCUGUACCGGGACGUGAUGUGGGAGAACUAUAGCAACUUCAUCUCGCUGGCAGGACCUUCCAUUUCUAAGAGAGAUAUGAUUACCUUACUGGAUGAAGACGGGAAGGAGCCUGAGAUAGUUGUGAAGGAAGGGAGAAGACACUGUCCUGAUUUGGAGUCCAGAUUCAAGACCAAUACUUUAUCUGCAGACAAGGACAUUGAUGAAGUAUAUUCAUUACAAUGGGAGUUGAUGAGGAAAAUGAAAAGCCAAAGUCCUCAAGGUUCUGUUCUUAACGAUGAUUGGGAAUAUGAAAGCAAGAUUGAGCAACAAAAGGAACCCCAGGAAGGUUAUUUUGGGCAGUUGAAAAUUACCUCUGAAAAAAGCACAUACAAAAAGCACAGUUUCCUUGCUGAGUAUCAGAAAGUUCAGAAUGGAGAGAAGUUCUAUGAAUGUAAAGAGUGUAGGAAGACCUUUAUCCGCCGCUCAACGCUAAGUCAACACUUGAGAAUCCAUACUGGUGAGAAACCUUAUAAAUGCAAGGAAUGUGGGCAACCCUUCAGACAGCGUGCACACCUUAUCCGUCACCACAAACUUCACACUGGUGAGAAGCCCUACGAGUGUAAGGACUGUGGGAAGGCCUUCACAGUGCUCCAGGAACUCACUCAGCAUCAGCGACUCCAUACUGGUGAAAAGCCGUAUGAAUGCAAGGAGUGUGGAAAGGCCUUUCGGGUCCAUCAGCAGCUGGCUCGACAUCAGAGGAUCCACACCGGGGAGAAACCCUACGAGUGCAAGGACUGUGGGAAGACCUUCAGACAGUGCACACACCUCACCCGACACCAAAGACUUCACACUUCUGAGAAGCUGUACGAGUGUAAGGAGUGUGGAAAAGCCUUUGUGUGUGGCCCUGACCUUCGAGUACAUCAGAAAAUCCACUUUGGUGAGAAGCCCUAUGCAUGUAAGGACUGUGGCAAGUCCUUCAGAAUAUGCCAACAGCUGACUGUCCAUCAGAGUAUCCAUACUGGGGAGAAACCCUAUGAAUGUAAGGAAUGUGGGAAGGCCUUCAGAUUGAGGCAACAACUUGUUCGCCAUCAGAGAAUCCAUACCCGUGAGAAGCCCUAUGAAUGUCUAGAGUGUUGGAAGACCUUCAGUAGUUACUCCCAACUGAUUUCACAUCAGAGCAUUCAUGUGGGUGAGAGACCCUAUGAGUGUGAAGAAUGUGGGAAAGCCUUCAGACUGCUCUCACAGCUCACUCAGCAUCAGAGUAUCCACACAGGUGAGAAACCUUAUGAAUGCAAGGAGUGUAGGAAACCUUUCCGACUGCUCUCACAGCUCACUCAGCACCAGAGCAUCCACACGGGUGAGAAGCCUUAUGAAUGCAAGGACUGUGGGAAGGCUUUCAGACUUUAUUCAUUUCUUUCUCAACACCAGAGGAUCCACACUGGAGAGAAGCCCUACAAAUGUAAGGAGUGUAAGAAGGCCUUCAGACAGCACUCACACCUCACCCAGCAUCAGAAGAUCCACAGUGGAACUUAAGCAAAACCUCAGUUCUAUGUCAUGGUGCAAAAUGUCAGGAAAUCCAUUUUUGAGAAUAAUUUAUUUCAUGCUUAUAUAAGUAAGCAUAAGAAAUACUAUAUUGCUUUAAAAGUUCUCCAUUCUCACUUAAAUGUUACCUUUCUUCAGCAAAUUCCUAUGAAAGAAUAAUUUGAUGAAUGUAGGAAAAUCUUUAGCCUUAUCAGUUGUCAUCUCCAUCUAACUACUCUCUUCCCAUUGUGAUACUGGACAGGACACUAAAUAUUAAUGCCUUGUUUUGCUCAC